GUUCGAAAUUCUGAUAUUAUUAUUCGAGUUCGACUUUCCUCUGUCAGAAAUUCUGGAAAUCAUGGGAAGAAUGUAGCAAACGUGAUGAAGAGAGUAAGACAUGAACAGAUAAAUGUUUCUGUUCAUCACUAUUUGAAAAGGAGGCAGUAUUUAGAAAAUGAAACUUCUCAGAAAAAGGAAUUUAAAUGGGUGCAGAAUAUCAGUGAUAUGGCUGUGAAGAAUGCUAGUAAUGGGGAGGUAACUGUGGACAAUCUUCUGACUUUCAGUAGCUUCAGUGGGGAUGCUAGUGCCUGUGAUGAACAGUUCUCCAGGUUGAAAUCGUACAUAAACAGAGGAAGUGAACCAUAUAAAAGUCAGCUUCAGCCCUUACUUUAUCCUGUUUUUGUUCAUCUGUACCUAGACCAACUGUGUAAUGGUCACAAGACUCCAGCACAUAGAUUCUACAGUAAGCAUGUGAAGUUGUUUGACAAUGAGAAGUCCUAUAGCCAGACCCUGGAGUCAAUACACAAGCUGUACAACAGUACUGAUGUCAUGGGCUGUCUAGAGGCCACAGAUUUCAGAGAGAAUAAAUUUAAGAUCAGGUUAUCUGAAGGAGCCUUGGAGUAUCUGCUGAGACAUCUGAAGCAUGAAGACAACGGCACAAUAUUUCAGAUUUUUAAUCAAAAUGUUAAACUGGAAAAUACAGUUGAGGAGGAGACAAAAGGGAGACUAGAACUGAGUGAGGGACUGAAUGUACCCAAGGAGGAAUCUAAAGAGAUAAAGGACGAUCCAGAGGAUAUAGAGGCCCUAGCGACAUUACAGCUGUCAAUCAAACAAGUGAGGGAGGGGCCACCAUGUCUACCCUCCAUCUGUUUCUACACAUUUAUUAAUGCUUAUCAAGGGUUGUGUACAGUUGACAUCUCCCCAGAUAAGACUUUACUGAGUGCAGGAUUUGAGGACUCUUCCAUCAAGUUGUGGAGCACCACCCCCAGUCUUCUCCAAUCCACCCCUCAAACAGUGGAUCCCUGUAAACUGUACAUAGCAGCCGACUACUGGAAUGUGGACAUCAUGGAGGAAUGUAAACCCCGGUACACUGAGACGGUGACCUUGAGGGCACACAGCGGGACAGUGUACAAGACCUGCUUCUCUCAUGACUCCAAGUAUCUGAUGUCUGCUUCAGAAGACGCUACUGUGCGCCUGUGGGAUCUAAACACACACACUAACAGGGUCUGCUACAGAGGUCACAAUGCCCCAGUGUGGGACCUAGAUGUCGGUAGCAUAGGUGGUUACUUUGCCAGCUGUUCACAGGACCGUACAGCCAAACUCUGGGUUAGUGAUCGUAUCUAUCCAGUGAGGACAUUCGCCGGACAUAACCUAGAUGUAGAUUGUGUGAAAUUCCACCCAAACUGUAAUUAUUUGGCCACUGGUUCUUCUGACCGGUCAGUGCGGCUGUGGACACUACAAGACGGGAAGGCAGUUAGAUUGUUACACGGCCACAGGGGAUCCAUCAUGACUGUGGCCUUCUCACCCAACGGAAGCUUCCUUGCAUCCGCAGGUGAAGACAAAAGAAUAAGAGUGUGGGACUUGAGUUCAGGACAGCUAUAUAAAGAACUGAAAGGCCACACUGACACAAUACACUCCCUAACCUUUAACAAAGACAGCAGCAUGUUAGCAUCAGGAGGUUUAGACUGCACCAUCAAAGUCUGGGAUCUCAGACGGGGGGUGGCCAGCAGCAGCUCUCAUUCAGAUGGAAUUUCCUCUCCAGAGCUGCUGGGAUCCUAUUCCACAAAGUCAGCAGUCGUGACUUAUUUACAGUACGCAGACUAUAAUCUACUGAGGGGAGCGGGAGGGGUGUGAUAUCAGACUAACUGAAAUCUGCGGGUCAGAUUUGAGUUAUCAAUGUGGUGCAGAAGGAGACAUUGAAGAAAAGGCAGCAGAGAAAGAGCACUACAGUCACUGAAUGUCUGACAGUGCUUUAUCAGUGCUCUGCAUAAGACAGAAAAAAAUCACUCUACUUUUACUGGAACAUUGUGGAGAGAAAAUAUUGGUAAUGGAGUUUUUGAAAAUUCUUAAUUCAACCUCUGUCUGCAAAAUCAGGACAUUGUAAUGCAGUGGCUGAAACAUUGUUAUUGAUUUUGGUACAUUCAAUAAAUAAAAUAAAAAAAUCCA